GCUGCUGAGGAACAGGGUUUCCGCACAACAAGCAAGGGAGAGAAAGAAGGCAUAUAUGAGCGAGUUGGAAGUAAAGGUGAAGGAUUUGGUAACCAAGAAUUCUGAGCUAGAGGAAAGGCUCUCCACGCUGCAGAAUGAAAAUCAGAUGCUCAGACAAAUACUGAAGAAUACAACAGUGGGUCGGAGAGGAUCGACUGGUAGUACAAAGGGAGAAGGCUUGUUGUAGUAGGGGAAAAAAAUUCGAAAUCAAGAACAUUGAAUUGAAGGAAUCAAAAUGUUGGGUUGGUGUCAUUUUCAUUGGAUCAAUGAGGUAAUAUUGAUUAUAAUCUGUAUAUGUGGGGCAAGCUGUUCCUCUCUGUAUUGAAUGCUUAAUUGAAUUUGUUUCAUUGGAUCCAUAGAGGUCAUAAUGAUUGUAAUAACUAUAUAUGGGGCUGCACUGAAAGGCGAGUAUGUGGUUCCCCACAUGGCCAUGUAUUGAAUGUGCCCCUGUAAUAUUCAUACAUGUAUAACUCAAUUUUCUAUUACAGAUUACAAGUACAUAUCCAAAGUU